GAAUUUCUCGACAUUCUCAAGACUUUAAUAACAGUUUGCAUUCACAGCCCUCCUAAAUAUAUAUCUAAGUAUGUAACCUAUUUUCUGUAUCGUUAUUAAGCACUAUUGUCGCCCCAUCGCAUCAUUGAUAUGUGAAUUCCAAAACGAUAAGCCAAUUUAAAUCAGAGCGAUAAAUCUAAAAUAACGAGUAAAAUAAUAACAGGAAUUAUCGUUUGAAAAUAAUCUAAACUUACAUUGUUUAAUGAUUGUAUCGUCCGGUACAAUGUAGCAAGAUAUGUUGAUAGUCCGAUAAGUUACCUAUAAAAGUCAAAUCUUACAACCUGGUAAUGUCAGUUCCUUCCUAAAAACUGACUAUAGGAAGGUGUGUUAUUUUUCAAUCGUCAGAAAUAAAUCUGUUGGAAUGAGAGAUUUAUUAUUACUGGUCAUUGCCGUUUUGGCAGUGACGGGGAACGCUUUUGCCGAAAUACACGAAAUUCCCACAAAAUGUCCAGAAUCUGCAGGCAAAACCGUACAGCUCGCUCACAAACACGAUUGUACCAAGUUUUACGAGUGUUCCAAUGGACAGAAGCUACUCUCGAAUUGCCCAGAAUUUGCCCCGGGAGAGAAGCUGCAUUUCGACCCUGAACUUCAAAAUUGUACUUUCCCAUGGGAGGCAAAUUGCGCGUCAAGAGCUCCGGAUUGUUCAAAGGACGAAUUCAUACAACCUCAUCCCACCAACUGUAGCCUUUAUUAUAAAUGCGAGAACGGGGAAAAAGUUUUAAAAACGUGUGACGAGGGACAGCUAUUUAAUUUUGACUCUUUAGAAUGCGUAGACAAAGAUGCCGCCAAGUGUAAAGUUUACGAUUCAUGUCCAACAGGUAAAUUGUUGGAGGCUGUACUUCUCCCGCACUAUCGCGAAUCGCUGUAUUACGAAUGUAUCGAUGGACAAGAUGCUGUCAGACGGUGCCCAUCGGGCCAUGUAUUCGACAAUGAACUUAGGCAAUGUGUAUCUAAAGUUUAUUGUCCUGGAACCGGCACUAAGAGAAUUUCUCAUGAGACGGAUUGCGGUUUAUUUUACGAAUGCAUGGAUGGUGUUAAGGUAGAGAAUGCUUGCGAAGAUGGAUUGUCUUUCGACGAAUCCAAGGGCAUAUGUACUUGGUCUCCGAGACACGAGUGUUCGAAGGAAAAAAAUAUCAUAGAUUGUCCGCCAGAGGGAUAUACAUUCUUACCACACGAAUGCUCUUGCACCAAGUAUUACUCUUGCGAAGACGGGGAGAGAUUUAUACAACAAUGCCCUGAAGGCAUGAUGUAUGAUUAUAUUAGAAAAGUUUGCGAUUUAUCGCGUACCGCCAUAUGUUGGAACCAAAUGUAUACUGACGGCAAUUACCUAGAUCCAAAUUGUUAUAAUUCAACUGACUGUCCAAUCUCUAGCCAUGCUCGCUUCCCUCAUAAGGAGUGUAGGUUUUAUUACGAGUGCAAAGGGGGUGCGAAAUGUCUUCGGAGGUGUUCUGAAGGGCAUGUCUUCAAUCCAAAUCUCCAAUUGUGUGAUCUACCUAAGAACGUUCCCGGCUGCGGCGGUGGUGGCAAUAACGAACCUGACGAUACGACACCUAAUAAUACAGACAAUGAUUGUACUUGGUGUAAUUGUAUUAAUUGUAUUAUUCGGUCAGCUUAUCCAGAAGACUGUAAUCUGUAUUAUCAAUGUGAAAAUGGACAGAAAGUGAUAAAGCGCUGUCCUCGAAAUCUAGUAUUCGACCAUAUAAAUCAGAUUUGUGACUAUCAAGAAAAUGUACAUUGCAUACCCACAACUACGAGCAUAACCACGCCCACAACUACGAGCAUAACCACGCCCACAACUACCACUACCACUACGAAGCCGUCCUUUUGCAUUGAAGGACAGCGAAAACCUCACGAGUGUCAAUGCAGUGAGUAUUACGAAUGUCACCACGAACGAUACCAAUGGUUCAGGUGUAGCCCAGGCAAAUGGUUUGAUUGGAUACUGUUAGAAUGUGUGGAACAAAACAGAGCUAACUGUUACCACCAAAAAAAUAAAGAUUGCGAAGGCACUUGUUCGUCAAGCACUAGCCGGUUGCCCCACAAGGACUGCGACAAGUAUUGUACAUGCUACCGGGGAACCACCACAGUUGAAACCUGUCCCCGCCAUAUGUAUUACGACCGAGGUACACAAAACUGCCAGUGGCCAGAAGAUAUAAGUUACUGGGGGACGCAGUGUAAUCCUUCCGACUGCAGCUUCGGUGAAAAUUAUGUUCCUCAUGAAUGUUUAUGUUACGGAUAUUAUAGCUGUUCAGGGAAUUCGAAAACAAUUGAAUGGUGUGGAAACGGGCAAUACUUUGACUAUAGAGAAGAAAGAUGCGUUGAUAGUAGAGAUGCUCACUGUUAUGUGAGCCCAUCAUGUGAAGCAAUUAAGAAAUGCGGAACCUGUGAGGCCACAAAACACAACACAAGUAGUUACGCAGAUGAUUGUCAAAGAUAUUGUAGAUGCAGCGGUAGGAAAGUGUAUAUCGAGCAGUGUGCCAGCGGUCUGUAUUACGACAUCCAGUCAGGAGAAUGUGCCUGGCCUGAAAACGUAAAUUUAACAUUAGGGCACUGCCCGCUCGUAACUGACUGUACCAGAACUUCCAAGUCUAUACCCCAUAAUUGUCGAUGUAACCUUUAUUAUGAAUGCAUAGAAGGAGUCAAAUAUUACGCAGAAUGCCCUGGUACAUCAUCUUUUGAUUAUGUACUCGGAACCUGUGUGAAUAAAGAGCCCCAUUGUUAUCAUGAAUUUUCGACACCUGAUAUAAUCAAUUCCUGUAUAGGGCACUGUCCGGAGCAGACGUCUUCUAGUCCGAUUGUCCGUUUGCAACACAAAGAUUGCAACAGAUACUGCGUAUGUUCAAUGGGAGCUCCUUAUAUCGUCAAUUGCCCUGGAUGUAGUCAGUAUGACAGUCAACUGCAGACCUGUGUACCUUCAAAUCUUUGCAACUGCGACCUACGGGCAAACAAAACUUUGUGGUCGGAUAUACCAUUUGUGAGCAAUUUUCUUUUGUUAUAUCUGUUGUUCAUUGCUGUCACUGUAGCGACGGCGGACGAAAAUUGUCCUGAAGUAGUAUCUCACGACUGUAUUCCAAUGCAGCAAUGCAUUGGUAAAGGAAACAAGAAUUAUACGCAUCAUAUUCCUUAUCUUGACGACUGUCAUAAAUAUUAUAAAUGCUUAGGACAUAUUGCAUGUCUACUAUGCUGUCCAAGGUUCGGCAGUGGACAAAAUCGGCUGGUCUUCAAUCCUGAAGAGCAGCACCCCGCCAACUACUCCAUCGCAACCGACCACGCAGCCAACUACUCCACCGCAACCGACCACGCAGCCAACUACUCCACCACAACCGACCACGCCACCAAAGAACCGACCACCUCGCCAACUACUCCACCGGAACCGACCACCUCGCCAACUACUCCACCGGAACCGACCACCUCGCCAACUACUCCACCGGAACCGACCACCUCGCCAACUACUCCACCGGAACCGACCACCUCGCCAACUACUCCACCGGAACCGACCACCUCGCCAACUACUCCACCGGAACCGACCACCUCGCCAACUACUCCACCGGAACCGACCACCUCGCCAACUACUCCACCGGAACCGACCACCUCGCCAACUACUCCACCGGAACCGACCACCUCGCCAACUACUCCACCGGAACCGACCACCUCGCCAACUACUCCACCGGAACCGACCACCUCGCCAACUACUCCACCGGAACCGACCACCUCGCCAACUACUCCACCGGAACCGACCACCUCGCCAACUACUCCACCGGAACCGACCACCUCGCCAACUACUCCACCGGAACCGACCACCUCGCCAACUACUCCACCGGAACCGACCACCUCGCCAACUACUCCACCGGAACCGACCACCUCGCCAACUACUCCACCGGAACCGACCACCUCGCCAACUACUCCACCGGAACCGACCACCUCGCCAACUACUCCACCGGAACCGACCACCUCGCCAACUACUCCACCGGAACCGACCACCUCGCCAACUACUCCACCGGAACCGACCACCUCGCCAACUACUCCACCGGAACCGACCACCCCGCCAACUACUCCACCGGAACCGACCACGCAGCCAACUACUCCACCGGAACCGACCACGCCGCCAACUACUCCACCGGAACCGACCACCCCGCCAACUACUCCACCGGAACCGACCACGCAGCCAACUACUCCACCGGAACCGACCACGCCGCCAACUACUCCACCGGAACCGACCACCCCGCCAACUACUCCACCGGAACCGACCACGCAGCCAACUACUCCACCGGAACCGACCACGCCGCCAACUACUCCACCGGAACCGACCACCCCGCCAACUACUCCACCGGAACCGACCACGCAGCCAACUACUCCACCGGAACCGACCACGCCGCCAACUACUCCACCGGAACCGACCACCCCGCCAACUACUCCACCGGAACCGACCACGCAGCCAACUACUCCACCGGAACCGACCACGCCGCCAACUACUCCACCGGAACCGACCACCCCGCCAACUACUCCACCGGAACCGACCACGCAGCCAACUACUCCACCGGAACCGACCACGCCGCCAACUACUCCACCGGAACCGACCACCUCGCCAACUACUCCACCGGAACCGACCACGCAGCCAACUACUCCAUCGAAAUCGACCACGCAGUCAACUACUCCACCGAAACCGACCUCGCCGUCUGAUGAUAAUCCAACUCAUGCGCCAAUAGUAAGUAAUUGUCCAUCAAGUGGAGUCGUAAAUAUACAGCAUGAAACUGACUGCAAUAAGUAUUACACAUGUCACGAUGGAAGAAAAUCGUCUGUAAAAGUAUGUGCAGUAGGUACGCUUUACAACCAUAUAAUUGGUGCAUGCGACUUGAAGGAACAUGUUCGCUGUGGGUAAGAUGAAUGUGAAAGAAAGAUCUUUCUGUUUGCUACAGAUUUAAUUUAUAAGAAAAAAACACCCCGUCCCGUAAAAUUGCAGGAGCAUAAUAUAAUGCUUUUACAUUUAUUAACUCUGUAUAUAAUUCUUAUA